UCUCUAUAACGCGCAAAGCGGCGCUGCUUUUCAGAGGCAGCAAUUUGGUUGGACGAGCCGAAAGCAGCACCUGACGUCUCACGUUUCAGCGUUCGAGCGAAUAAAACAAAUUAAAUAAUAAUAUCUCCUCGUCCCAGCAACAAAAUUUUAGGAGUUUUACCAGACUUCCGUUGUGUUGUAUCAUGGAACGAACAAUUUUCCCGAAAUCAAUUAAUGGAAAAACUGUGACUGUUGGGGAAAAAUCGACAGAAAAUAGCCAGCAGUAUCGAGAUCAUCGAGAUGCUCGUGCAAAGGAAAAAACGGAGGCAUCAUCAAUACAGUACAAACAAGAAUGUUUCAAGAGGUCAAGGAGAAUUAUUGAGCAACUCUUGGAGAAGGACAUUUCGGAGGAAUAUCUCCUAGAAAAUGUAAAAUACAUUUCUCAGACAGACUACGAUGAUGUAGUUGUGGAGAGAGCGAUUGUCAAACUCUGUGGCUAUCCAGUCUGCAGCAAUUUAUUGGGACCUGUUCCAAAAAAGCAGUUUCACAUAUCUUCAGCUACAAAUAAAGUGUACGACCUGACAGACAGAAAGAAUUAUUGCAGCAACUGGUGUUACAAAGCAUCUAAUUACUUCAAGGACCAAGUCUUGUCUAGUCCAGUUUGGUUUCGAGAACACGAAGUCCAUCAUGACUAUCACCUACUCACCCAUACUGGAGAUUCGGGCAAGCCUGGAGAAGAGGUUGCGAUGCAGAUCGAUUCGCUGAAUAUAUCAGAAAAGAAAGUAAAAGUGGAAAGACCGACUGUCAAUUCAUUUGCCUUCGCCGAAUUGGAACAGUACCACAAUGAUGGAAUUUUCAAUCACGAUUCAUUAGAAAUAAAAGAAAACUCAACCAACUGUGAGGCUGGAGACAUGGAAGUUUGUUAUUCGUUUCACGAGGAGAGGAAAAGUGAACCUGCAGUGAAGAAGGUGCCCGUGGAGUCCCAAAGACCAGCAACAACGUGCUGGGCAAAUGGGGGCGACGUGAAUCUGUCGCAGUUUCAGAUCCCGAGGGCCCCAAAAAUUCCUAAAAUGCGUCCCGAACACAAGGAAGAACCUGUCGAAGUGGAACAGAUUCCAGCUGAAAGCGAAGGGAGCAGGAAAGUGCCCAAGCGCAUAGAUAGAGCGCCAUGCAAUGCGAGGCCUGAGUCUGUCAAAUUUGACGCUGAAAAGGUUGUGAAAUUCAUCAACGAAUGGUUCACCAUGGAUACCCUUCAGAUGGUGCUGGGCGCCAAGAAGUUGUAUGAGCGCCUUCGCAGCAAAAUAGACUCGCUAUCCUCUGCUAGUGACGCUCCUGACUGGAAACCCACGGUUGAGAGCAAGCUGCUGCAAAUCUGCAAAACGCUGAGCGAAAAGGAAGGACAGGAACAACAGCCUGAGGAUGACCGCGUAGCAUGCUCCGAGUUGGAGUUGAAAGUGGCCGCUUUUUACCAGGGCAAAACCAGCUAUGUGAAAGAGCCACCUGCAUCUUCUAAGGUCUCACCCAUCCUUCCAAUUGUGGACAGAUACGAGCAAAAGCAGGCAAGAAAGAAGAUAAUCCUAACCAGACUGGAGAAAAUUGUUCCAGAAAUUGCUGAAAUUUUGAGGAUUGCUAUCGAUGAUCUCGGGCUGAAGAUGCAAAUGCUAGCUGACACAUUUGAUCUGACAGCGCACAACAUAAUGAUGAAACCUCAAGAGUGGAAUUUCAUGGGUCUCAUUGUUUUGCAAUUGUUGAUUUCAAGCGACCAUGAUCCACAGAGGUUUGUCAGCAAAAAGAGCACUAAAGUCAUGAAGGCGAUGCUGAAGUCCUGCAACCUCAAAGAAGAUUUCCUUGAUCUGCUGAUCAUCCAACUUGUUGAUGUUGACAGAAUUUUAGCCAAGUUGACAAACACUUAAUAGGAUUUUUAAAAUAAAGUCAAAAUUAUUUUUGCAACAUAA